CAAUAUUAUGUGUCAGUGUACUUAGUGCUACCAAAAAGUUAAAUGAGUUCAUUCAAGCCGUCGCAGAACAGUGAGUUAGCGCAAAAACGCCGCGAACGGGUUAAUUCAUGAUAUAUCAUUUAUUUAUUAUUAGAAAUUUUUGAAUUCUUAGAAUACAAUAAAAUAAUAGAAACCUAUAACAGUGUGGAAAGUUCAUACUUUUAUUAUCUCCUUUACUUCGAGAUUAUUUCUAAUUCUCGUUAUUUUGAGGUUUCUACCUCUGCUUUACUUCAAUGGAAUAAAUUAUUAUUAAACCAAACAAAUUAUUUAAUCUGAGAAACAACUCUAUAACAUAGCGCGAUAAAUCUUUUACCGAUCAAAUUACACGCCUCUAAAUUCUAAUAACCAACUAGCUAAACCUAUUUAAUCAUGCUCUUUUCGUUAAAUAUAUGUGAAGCUAUAUAAAAGACAUAAUUGUGUGUUCUGUAAAGUGAAAGCUACCAAGUCUUUAUUUACUGAGUUUUAAAACUAUUUUAUUGUUGCUGAUAACAUGGAGAAAGAAGAUGAGGCUAGACGAGGCAACUUACUUGAUGACAUGCCACCUAUUAACUGUGAUGUCAUGAUAGACUCUGUCUAUGGCAGCAGCAAGGACAUUGGCGAUACAACCUUCUGUUUAGGAAACUACAUACCAGACUUUAUGAAGAUGCUGUUCACGAUGCGGUCUCAUCACAUGUUAACGGAUGUGGUCCUGGAGGUGGGCAACGAGCUGUUCCACGUGCACAAGGUGGUGCUGGCCGCCGGCAGCCCCUACUUCAAGAGAGCAGUGCGACAGGCGAUGUUCACGAGCGGGCUGAAGGAGUGCGAGAUGUCGCGCGUGCGGCUGCAAGGCGUGUGUCCGUCCGCCAUGGCCUGGCUCGUGUAUUUUAUGUACACGGGCAAGGUGCGCAUCACAGAGGUCACCGUCUGCCAACUGCUGCCCGCCGCCACCAUGUUCCAGAUCUCGAAUGUCAUAGACGCGUGCUGCGCCUUCCUAGAGAGGCAGCUGGACCCUCUCAACGCCAUCGGCAUAGCCAACUUCGCCGAGCAACACGGCUGCGUCGAGCUCAAGCAGAAGGCCAACCAGUUCAUUGAGAGAAACUUUAUACAGGUAUGCCAAGAGGAGGAAUUUCUUCAACUGACGGCGCCAGAGAUCAUAAAUCUCAUCAGAAAAGAUGAACUGAACGUCAGAGAAGAACGGGAAGUAUACAACGCCGUAUUGAAUUGGGUGAAGUAUGACGAGGAGCGGCGUCACCCGCGCAUGGAGCACAUCCUGCAGGCCGUGCGUUGCCAGUUUCUGACGCCCAGCUUUCUCAAGGAGCAGAUGACCACCUGCGCCGUUCUUCAGAAGGUGCCCGCCUGCCGAGAGUACCUCGCCAGGAUAUUCCAGGAUCUGACGCUCCACAAGAAGCCCGUGGUGAAAGAGAGACGACCCAACACGCCCCGCAUCAUCUACGUGGCGGGAGGCUACUUCCGCCAUUCCAUCGACACCUUCGAAGCCUAUAACCUGGACGACAACUGCUGGAGCACGCUCCCUCGCCUUACCGUGCCUCGCUCGGGACUCGGAGCCGCCUUUCUGAAGGGGAUCUUCUACGCGGUGGGAGGCCGCAACACGUCGCCGGGUUCGUCGUACGACAGCGACUGGGUGGACGUGUACAACCCCGCCACCGAGCGAUGGAGGCCGUGCAGCCCCAUGGCCACGCCGAGACACAGGGUGGGCGUGGCGGUGAUGGACGGGCUGCUGUACGCCGUGGGAGGCUCCGCCGGCUCCGAAUACCACAAGUCCGUCGAACGCUACGACCCCGAGACGGACACGUGGACGUACGCGGCGUCGAUGGGCUGCGCGCGGCUCGGAGUGGGCGUAGCCGUCGUUAACCGGCUGCUGUACGCCGUGGGCGGCUUCGACGGCGUGCGGCGCGUCCGCUCCGUCGAGUGCUACCAUCCCGAGAACAACGUGUGGAGCGAGGUGGCGCCGAUGGGCGUCGCCCGCAGCGGCGCCGGAGUGGCCGCCCUCGGCCAGCACGUGUACGUGGUGGGCGGCUACGACGGCGCGCAGCAGCUGGCCGCCGUGGAGCGCUACGACACGGAGCGCAACUCGUGGGAGACGGUGGCGCCCGUGCCGGUGGCGCGCUCGGCGCUGUCACUCACCGUGCUGGACAACAAGCUCUACGCCAUGGGCGGCUACGACGGCAACGCGUUCCUGGACAUAGUGGAGGUGUACGACCCGGCCACGGACUCGUGGAAGAGCGGGCCGCCGCUGACGUCCGCGCGCUCGGGCCACGCGUCCGCCGUCUGCUAUCAACAUCCGGCGCCCGCGGAUUCCCACUCGCGCUCGUGACCGGGCCCUCUCAAACUCCUAAUAAGUCAUAACCGCCUCGCGCUUAAAGGGUGAUCGUCGACUCGAUGUGAUGAUGACGUCAAAUCUAAUGCAUAAAACGUUCAUUAUAUCACUUUCACACACGUGACUGUCGGUCAGAAGAUCUUCGGCAGAAUUGCAUUUCGUGUAAAUCCUAAUUAUAAUAUGAUAUGGACAAAUGUCCACGACGACAUCUACGUCUUAUGUUGAAUAAUGGUUUGAUUUGUGAUACGAUGGCUAAUGUAAUAUAAUAAUUAUAAAUUAACAUAAUACGAAUUGUAAUAAAUAAAUUAAACAGAACAC